GAUUACUGGGUGUUUGCAUGUACGUGAAAUGUCUCGUCCAGAAGACACGGGUCCUCCCGAACUGUAUUACAAUGAAACCCAAGCUGCAAAAUAUUCGCAAAAUUCGCAUAUAAUCGAUAUUCAAACGCGUAUGUCGGAACGGGCUGUUGAACUGCUUGCACUUCCGGACGAUCAGCCGAGUUUGUUGCUGGAUAUUGGCUGUGGCUCCGGUCUGAGCGGUGAGACAAUCUCAAGCCUGGGCCAUUAUUGGUUUGGCGUGGAUAUCAGUGAGGCAAUGAUCCGAGUUGCCAAGGAAGAUCGUGAAGUGGAUGGUGAUAUUGUGCUCAAAGAUAUGGGUGAAGGGCUACCCUUCCGUCCAGGUACAUUUGAUGGUGCGAUAAGCAUAUCUGCUAUACAGUGGCUGUGCCAUGCGAACACAAAUAAGCAGAACCCGCAGAAACGGCUCCUUCGAUUCUUUCAAUCACUUUAUGCUUGUCUGGGCCGAGGGGCUCGUGCUGUCUUUCAGUUUUAUCCGGAAAAUGUUGGUCAGACUGAGCUAAUAACUGCGCAAGCCACCAAGGCAGGAUUUAGUGGUGGACUUGGCCGAGGGGCUCGUGCUGUUUUUCAGUUUUAUCCGGAAAAUGUUGGUCAGACUGAGCUGAUAACUGCGCAAGCCACCAGGGCGGGAUUUAGUGGCGGACUUGUCAUUGAUUACCCCAAUAGCGCUAAAGCUAAGAAGUAUCAUUUUUUCUUUCUAAUUUUUUGAAC